AUGUUGAAAACCAAAAUGACAAGAUUGUCCCUAGAACAAGCUUUGCAGAUUAAAGAUCAAUUGGGUUUACGCAAGUGGGUAUUAGACCCCAGGCAUUUCCUUGAGAGAGAAUACACAUUUCAAAACUUCGAGGAUACCUGGGCAUUUUUGACAAAAGUUGCUCUAAGAGCGCACCUCUGUGGACAUCAUCCUAAAGUCACUACACUAUAUAAUAAAGUCACUAUCCACCUUACUACCCAUGAUGCUCAGGGCAUUACACAACUGGAUUUCAAAUUUGCUGAAAGAUGUGAACGCUAUGCGAAUAGAAUAGGGCUCAAGGAUAUCGGUUAA